AUGAGCAGCAGCAGCAGCAACAGGGGAAGUGGGGCUGAGGCCUCCCAUCCAGAUGUUUGGCCCAACAGCCCUGCGCCUCUAAAUAUGAACCACUAUGCCAACAAGAAGAGUGCAGCUGAGAGCAUGCUGGACGUUGCUCUACUCAUGGCCAACGCCUCCCAGCUAAAGGCUGUGCUGGAGCAGGGGCCAAACAACUCCUUUUACACCCCCAUCGUCACCCUAAUCAGCAUCUCACUCUGUCUGCAGGUCACAGUGGGUGUUCUGCUUAUCUUCAUAGUUCGAUGGAACCUGAAUGAUGAGCUAAAGCAUCGGAGGCUUGACAUGAUGGAAAACGUGGCCACAGGCCUGGUUUUUUUCAUUGUGGUGGUCAAUGUCUUCAUCACAGCAUUUGGAGUCCACAGUCCGAAGCGCAGUGACUGA